CUGUGUGCCUGUACUUGCCCAGCCCAAGACCAUUCCCUUUAAGCUACACUGUUCCCUGGAGCCAGCUGUUGUUUCCUGUGGCUUCUGCAUAGUCACCUUUGGUGUCCUUUGCCAGGCACUUCUGAUAGCUUCCUGCCCCGAGUUUCUGCAGCACCUCCUGCCAGGGGGCCAAGCAGGUGCUUGCUCUUUUCCCACUUCCAGUGUAGCUGCCACACACGGUGACCCACGUGCCUUCCAGGGCUGUUGCAGAGGUGGCUCUUCCGCAGCCCUGCAGCCAUCCUUUGGGUUUGUGCAGAUCUUUUGAAGCUUAGAACUGGAGAGGCCUGGGUCCUUCUCUUACAUUUAUGUUGGUGUCAGGAGUUUUUGGGGUAUGGAAAUCACACUUGGUUUUUUUUUUUAAUUCUGGCUUACACAUCCUUAUUUGGAGGGAGGACUUCCAGGAGCCUUCUACAGAAAGGGAGCAAUUCUGAGCAGCAGAACAUGGCAGCUUAGGGUUGGAAAUAUGAGUCAGACUCAUUAUUCUGUUGUUUCCUGAGAGAUAAAUGUGUUUAUGGGCAGUUUAAAGGGAUUCAGAAUUUUAGAUAUGGGAGGGCUUCAGAAAGGAUUUGUUGUUUUGAGCUGCAGUCCUGUCUGUCAGCUGCCUGUCGAUACAGUGUGCUGUAACACUGCCUUCUGCAGUGUCAGCAAGGGAAAAGGUGAUCAAAAGAACUGUCAGAAAAGGAUCAAUUGCACUACUCACCACCAGUUCAUCAGAAUUUAAUCUUUGAACAACUAAGUAUGUCAGACAAAUUCGUCCACCAUAUAAUACUGUUCCAUUUGAAUUCAUAAAGGAUAUGGGAGAAGGGGGGAAAAGACCCUGGUUUUUCUAGUCUGUGACUUUAAAAUACUUAUGACUGCAAUACUGUAGAUAUGACUCUGCUGCAUAGCAAACUGGUUACGCAUAGCUACAGUGUUGCAGAUAUGACUCUUCAGCAUGGCAAAUGCAUUUUAGACAAGCACUAAACCUGAGAGGGUUAGCACUAACCAAGAGGUUAGCGAAAUACUGAUCAUCAGUAACAACCCUCAUUCUCCAUGAUGGGAUAUUAUCAUGACUCCAAUAUAAUAAAAAAGAGCUGUGUAUGUGCUGAUUUCAGUUUCAGCAGAUCAGUUUUGUGAAGUGAGUAUACUUAGCCACGUUGAACUCUAAAUAUAGACUGAAAGGGGCAGUCUGUUUCAUAGCUAUCUUUAUGGGUACUGCAGCACUCCACAGCUUCCUAUGGGACUAAAAGUAGAGAAAGGAACUUCAGAACAAGUUUUCUUCACAUGAUUUUCACUGGCUGAUUUCUUCCAUACUGGCACAUUACCUGAAUGUUAAGAGGACCUGAAUGACAUCCUUUCUGGAAGUGUUAGUGAAGGUCUGGCUUUCACUGUGGUCGGGAUCUCACACCAAAUCUUACCAAGUACUCACCGUAUCAAAGGAUAAUAUACUAAGACAAUGGAGAAGCCUCCCUUGGAAUUUAACCUGCCUGAUACUCACGAAGAAGGAAAGCUUUAUGUAGUUGAUUCCCUAAACAACCUAAACAAGCUAAAUGUUUGCCCAGCUGAAUCCCAGCGUUCACUAGAUCAGGAAGAGAACACUGGUGGUACUGGAGAAAGCACUGGAGGGAGCAACACAAGAAACCAGCAUUUGUUCUUCGGCAUCUUCAUUCUUACUUUGGUCGUCAGUUUGGCGCUUGUUUCAUUUGUAAUAUUUUUAAUAUUUCAAACUAGAAAUGAGGUGGACCAAAUAUCAAGCAGACUACUAUUUGAAAAGAAGAACAUAGAAGAGCUGAAGAAACUUAACAAUAUUAUAUUAAAGCAUCUGAAUCAAUCCAGAAUUAAGGAAAAGCCUUCUGAUCUUCGUGCUUACCACUUUACCCAUGCUGAGCUCAAAGUCCCUGGAGAAUAAAUCUUCUUUGGAAAGGAAUUCAGCAAAUUCAUAACUCAGAUAUUUUCACAUAUGGCACACAGGUUGCUGAAACAUUUCUGGAAAAGAUAGCUGAAUGAAAAAUAAUAGAAAAUAGUACUUUAUCCUGUUUUACGUGGACAUAGAUUUGUAAUACUAAGCCCAUAUGAUUCUCAAUAAACAAUGGAUUGUCAGUUUGGGGCAAGAUUUCCAGAUUCCCCCUGCAUUGUAAACCACAGAGGUCAGGACCUAGUUUUAUUUUAAAUGUAAGUGAAUGACCACAGAAAAUCACGAGUUCUGUUCACAUGAUUCCAGCAUGACCUUGUUCACUUAAGCAUUCUUCUGUUACCUUUGUACAAGCUUUCUGUUUGUUUCUAUUACUAUUUGUAUUUAAGGAUAACUUCAUAUUUCAUAACUUAUAAAUAAAUCUAUAUCUGGUCUA